AUGCCUAUGCUGGGUCAUUCGACGAGGAAAUCCUCUUGGAAUAAAGGCUCAAGAUGCAGUGAGUGCUUUCCAGGAUUAUCGCCACGCCCAUUAUUAACUUUAACUCAGGUCGAGCUUGUUGAACCUGAGACACCGGUAUUCCCGUUCGAUGUAGUCACGCAGACCCAAGCCACUUGGGGACUGGGAGCAUUAUCACAGCCUGCUCCCGCCAGUACUAAUGUAAGCCUGCGCAAUGGAUUCGCGUACAGGUUUGAUGAUAAAGGAGGGCUAGGAACAUUCGCGUACGUGGUUGAUACAGGAGUCUGGGUGGACAACCCGGAUUUUGAAGGUCGCGCCGAGCUUGGUUACACUGUAUACCAGGAUAUCCCUUUCGAAGACAGCAGUGGUCAUGGUACUCAUGUUGCUGGAACAAUUGCUUCUAAAACAUGGGGCGUUGCAAAAAAGGCGCAGAUCAUUGCGGUGAAGGUGAUCGCACCAAAUCAGGGCGUCAUGUCAGACUUCAUGAAAGGCUUUUCAUGGGCAGUCAAUAAUAUUACAGAAACUCCUGGCCGCGCGGCAGUUUCCGUCAUCAAUAUGAGCCUAGGUAGGUCAAGACGCAGCCCCCAUCUGCCAGUUUAUGAGGCUAAUGAUGGUGUGAAAGGUGGCCCUACCAACUAUGCAUUCAAUUAUUUAGUUCACCCGGCAUCCGAGCAAGGUAUUCUGUCCGUCGUCGCAGCGGGUAAUGCAGCUGUUGACGUAAGCCGAGUAUCACCAGCUGGAACUGCAAGAGCAAUCACCGUGGCAGCCAGCGCUGUCAACAACACUGUUUGGGGGUUUAGCAAUCUUGGAUCUGGAAUCGACUUGUGUGCGCGAGGAGUAGAUGUGUACUCAUUGUCUCUUGAAGCGGGGAAAGAUAUUGCCUUGAGUGGGACUUCCAUGGCAUCACCACACGUCGCUAGGCUAGCUUUAUAUCUGAAAAGUGUCGAGCCAGGCCCGGAAACGAUGGAUACCAUCACAGCUAGGAUUUUGGAGUUGUGUAAGCGCGAUGUCAUCCAAGAAGUUCCGAGAAGUACUCCGAACUUCUUGGCAUACAACGGUGUCCGUGUUCAGUCGUCGGGUCUCACGAUUAAUAAAGUUAGAACAAGGAGUCGACGAUAG